UCACUGCUUUUCACGCAAAACGCACGUUUCUCUCUCCCCCCCUCUCUCUGUUCUUCAGUGGCCGCGAAAGCUACUUUUGUCGCCAUUUUUACUCUCUAAAAACCCUAAUGCCGGUUUUGUGAAGUUAAUGGAGUUCCCUGGUGGUGGGUGGGUGUGGUGGGCGUACAAAAAAGUGAUAAUUGGGAGUGCAUUUUAACUUUGAGGUUGUCACCUUAUUGGAUUCGAUUCCUAGGGUUUUUUGGGCUCCGAAUUGGACGAUUGAUGAAAUAUUCGCUUCUGAUUGGUCUGGAUGUUGGGGUUGUGGUCUUGCAUGUCCAUUUUGCGAUCUGGGUCAUGCACAUUUUUCUGAUUUGAGGCUUCCGGGCCCGGUUUUCUCAUCUGGGUCUGAGUGAUUUGGCUCUAUUUGAUUCUCUAAUUUUCGGUUCUGAAAAGGGUUUCCCUUUUUUGGGUGGAAUUUUAGGUUAUUUAAUAAUUAUUUUUGGGGUGGGCGUGGUGUUUUCAUUUUCGUGAAGAGGUAUUUUCGGUGAAUUUUGAUUUUUGGUGUUGUUUUAUGUAUUGGACAUUUAGAGGGUUUGGAGUAAGGUAGAAAAGGAGGGAGGAUUUUGAUGGAUUGAAAUAUUUAUGAGAAAAUGGGAAUUUGAUUUUGUUGGUGUUCAGAGAAAAUGGGAUUGGGCCCAGAUGCUAUUCAGGUGGGGAAUUGGGAGGUGGGCAAUUCAAAGGGAAGGAAGAAGAAAGAUGAUGAAGAAGAGGCGACAGGGUGUUGGAUUAAGUUUAGAUUUAUGGGGAGUUGCAUGUCUGCAAGGUCCAAAGUAGAGAGCUCUGUAAGUAGCUCUAGCACACAAUAUGCGGAAAGUAAAUCUACGAAUGAUACAAGCAGAGAUCAACCAGUUGCACCAGUUGUAUCCUCUUCAACCACUAGCAAUGGGGAAAGUACUCCAUCAACGCCCAACACAGGCGAGGAACUGAAAGUUGCUUCUCAGCUCCGAAAGUUCACCUUCAAUGAGCUUAAAUCAGCAACAAGGAAUUUUAGACCAGAGAGUCUUCUUGGUGAGGGUGGGUUUGGUUGUGUUUUCAAGGGAUGGAUUAAUGGGACUGGAACAACACCUGUCAAACCUGGUACAGGGCUUACUGUUGCAGUGAAAACCCUCAAUCAUGAUGGACUUCAGGGUCAUAAAGAAUGGCUUGCUGAAGUUAAUUUUCUUGGUGAUCUCCUCCAUCCUAAUUUGGUUAAAUUAAUUGGUUAUUGCAUUGAGGAUGAUCAAAGGCUGCUUGUUUAUGAGUUUAUGCCUCGUGGAAGCUUGGAGAAUCACCUUUUCAGAAGGGCCCUGCCUCUUCCUUGGUCCAUCAGAAUGAAAAUUGCACUUGGUGCUGCAAAGGGUCUUGCCUUUCUUCAUGAGGAAGCUGAAAGGCCAGUAAUAUAUCGAGAUUUUAAAACAUCUAAUAUCCUGUUAGAUGUGGACUACAAUGCUAAGCUUUCUGACUUUGGACUUGCCAAAGACGGUCCAGAAGGAGAUAAGACACAUGUAUCUACUCGUGUAAUGGGAACCUAUGGCUAUGCAGCCCCUGAGUAUGUGAUGACAGGGCAUCUUACGUCAAAGAGUGAUGUUUAUAGCUUUGGGGUGGUUCUCCUUGAAAUGUUGACUGGGCGAAGAUCCAUGGACAAAAACCGUCCAAAUGGGGAGCAUAACCUUGUGGAAUGGGCACGACCUCAUCUUGGAGAGAGGAGAAGGUUCUAUAGGUUGCUAGAUCCCCGUCUCGAAGGUCGCUUCUCAAUCAAAGGUGCACAGAAAGCGGCCCAAUUGGCUGCACACUGCCUUAGUCGGGACCCAAAAGCCAGACCUCUAAUGAGUGAAGUUGUUGAAGCCCUAAAGCCUCUGCCAAAUCUCAAAGACAUGGCCAGUUCUUCAUCCUUUUUCCAGACCAUGCAAGCAGAGCGCAUGGGCUCCACCCCUAACUCUAGAAGUGGCAUUAGAGCACAGGCAGGGUUCCUAUCAAGGAAUGGACAACCAAACAGAAGUCUCUCCAUGCCAAACGGUCCACAUGCCUCUCCAUAUAACCACAACCAUCCUCACCGGUCACCAAAACCCUAAUUUCAGGCAAACAUAGCACCAAGUUCAUGUCCAUCUGUUUCUUCCCCAUUUCACUUCCUUAUCUUACAUGCUAUCUGUUAAAGGGAUUGGGGGCAUCUUGAAAAAUUGAACAAAAAAUGCUGAGACUAUCUUGAAGUUAAUGCUGAUGUGUUGGUUUUUCCUUUUUGAGAUGUGAGUGAGAGAAGUAGGUGGAGGAGAUUGAAGGAGUAGCCUGGAGAGAAUCAUGGAGCUUUCGCUUUUGUUGAUUGUACUCUGUUUUGAACAUGAAAAAUUGAUCCAUGAUGUUUUCUUA